CCAGCUUUGAAAGAAGACUCAAACCCAGACCGAUCAACCACACUUUCAAACAAAUCUUUUUACUAUAAGCUUUUUCCUGUAUUUUUUCCUGAAUCUCUGUGACGUCUAUCUUAUUUUUCUUGUCUCCUGGCUACUUUUCGCCUCUGCCAAGCACCAUGUCUCUUGGAGUGCUUCAUUCACAAGUGAAAAGUUCCCUGAGUGGGAGUCCAUUCUUGGACCGGGGAUUUAUAGAGGAACAGGGACCUCCGCCUCCACUCCACAGCUACCUUUGGUUGACAAUUUGCACCUGUUUUUGUCCAGCGUACCCUGUCAACAUUGUGGCCCUGGUCUUUUCUAUCAUGUCUAGAAACUGCUACUAUCACGGUGACUAUGACGGUUCAAGACGGCUGGGCAGGAACGCUUUUUAUGUUGCUAUUGCCUCCAUCAUCAUUGGCCUUCUUGUCAUCGCUAUCACCUGCAUUGUACAUUUCACCACCAUGGAUUUUUAAUGCUUUGGAAGUGGAGAGAGGGAACGUAAAGAUAAGAAACUUAAACAGAGCACUGUGAUGACAAACCGCUGAUGAAUGUGAAAUGAACCACAGAUACUUGUGCUCCAGUGAACGAAGAAGCCACUCAUCCCAAUUAUUCCUUACAGACAAGAGACAUGGCAACUAAGAAAUGAUGAGAAGAUGUUCAAAAGUCCUUAAACUUCAUGAGGAACUGAGCAAGGUGGUGAAACAACAGGUGGGCCUACUGGAUUUUAUUGAUGAAGUCAGACAACUGAAAGCUGUGAUUAAAGAAAAGCGCUGGAAAGAAGAUUAGUUGAUCUGGAGCAGUAAUAAUGGAAGAUAUGGUGAUAUCUGGGAUUGAUGACCCAACAUACCUAUGCAUGGAUCACAGCAGGGAGGGGGAGGAUGCACCAAAAGGUGAAAGACUCUUACUUCAGCGGCAAGUCAGCAAGACAGUAAAAAUAUACCAAAACAACCAAACCACCAAAACAAAACAAGAGACCAAACAUCAUAAUCCCGUUUGUGAACAGAAAACAUAAAAUUGAUCCAGACAUCCGCUUCUAUCAGAAUGUUAAUGAGACCUGUAAAUAUUAUUCUGAGGAAGAGUUGAACACUAGGAUGAAGGGUUUCUCGUUGAUCCACUUUAACAGUGGGAGUCUUUACAGUGACUUUUCCAAAGUUAAAGACUAUUUUACUGAAAAGUUUACAGUAGUAGCAGUUUCAGAGUCAUGGUUGAGUGAUGAUAAAGAGCUGCGGGAUGGACUAGAGGGUUAUGAAAUGCUUAGGCAAAACAGGGUGAUCAGAUGAGGAGGGGGUGCUGCCAUAUUUGUAACUUUUGGUCUUAAAUAUAUAGUUAUCAACCAUAUGACAGCUGAUAUAAUGUUUAACUACAGAAAUUCAGGUAGAAAGCCAAAAACACUAGUUAGCUGCAUUUAUCGUACACCAGGAUUCUGCAUUGAUCAAUUCAGCAUGAAGAUUUCUAAAAUGUCAGAAACUUGCAAAGUGAGUAACCGUAAAUAUAGAUGUGUGUAAAAAUAAUCUAACUUGAUGCUUUUUUUUAGCUACAUGUACAGUAUGCAACCAAUGUAAAAACAUUCAUUCAUUCAUUGAACCUAACCUUCUACACCACCCUUAGGCGCCACCUUGAACAGACCCAGACUUCAUCUAUGUGAACUAGCCAGGUGGGGACAACUCUGAUACUACCUAACCCUAACAUGUUGCCCUCGUUGGCCUACACAACUUAAACACAUAUCAGUGGGUAGCAAGAGCCACCAUCACAGCCACAGCAUUGCCACAUUCAGCAGACCCAGAAUCUUUACAUGAAGCUCCAGCUAGUGACAAUGCUGACACGGCCUACCCUGCAUUUACAUUACCCAUGAAAAUGAAUGGCAAAGGGAGCACUGAAGAGAUUAGAAAGACUUAAAGAAACAUCUAGCGAGCUCUCACAAAGAGGAAUGGAGAAGAAGAGCCAGGUAAGGCCCCCUGUCCUGGGCUACCGAUCACCCCAGCCAGACUGGGCUGAUGACAGGACUCAUUCAGUGUGAACUUUACUUUCUCUUGUAUCUUUUGUUCUUUGAACUGAAAAUAAGGACUAUAAAAUCUGAUGAAUGUAAACAUUUUAGUGCUUUGAACAAAAAUGGCAGCUUUUAACGGAGUGUGAGGAAUAAAUGGUUUACAGCUAGUCUCAGUUAGGCAGUGAACCACAUGUUAGGUAUGUUACCAAUCUGUUUACAAGAUGGCUUAAAGAGUACUAUUAACUAGUAUUCAGAUAUGCCAUGGAUAUAUUGUACUACUGUAUAUAGUCACCGCUGUUAUUGUGUGUCUGUAAUUUGUAAUAAUUAAAUAACUUUAAUAUGAAAAUCA